AUGCUCCGCUCAUCAGGGACGUCAGAGAGAAAUGUCCGUGAUGUUCUGUCAGAGAAUGCUGACUUGAAGAAAUUCUGUGAACAGAUGAGGAGAGAGGUGCGGGCCGUUCUCAGCAGACAUGAAGGCAUACUCGGCAGGGUGACUACAGAAGAUUCUCCCAUAGUAAACAAGCGGGUUGGUGGUGGACGCACAAGGCCCAACCGUGUUGGAGAUGUUGGGUUAACAGGAAUCCUAAGGAAGCAAUGGAACAGCCUCAAGCAGCUGGUGGAGAUACUGGAAGCCCGAGCCGCACAAUCCGAUGUGACUCAUGUGAUAAGUGUGACUGAUCAUGAGAAGGAACUAACCCAGCUGAAGAAGGAGGUGGAAGAGCUUAAAGAAGAGCUAGAACAGAGCCGGGAGCUUAUAAGUCAACAGCAGCAGCUCCUACAGGACCACUUGGUUCCUCAGCCGGGUGAGGGUCAGCAAUCCCCUCUGUGGGAUGCCUACUUUUUAGAAGAACAGCUGAGAUUAGAACAAGACCGGGAGGCCUUUGAGGAGCAGAAGAUGGCCUUUCAGGAUGAGCGGGAGAAGUUCACGGAGGCAGCUAUCCGACUGGGUAGAGAGCGUCUCCAGUUCGAGGCCAAUCAGGCUCUUUUCAUGAAGCAGCAAUUUUUGAAUAUGACUCCUGGUCUUGGGACUCCUCCAUGGAAGAAGACUCCACCAUGGUCUGCGCUUUCUGCGGACAAGCCAAAAGGCACCUCCCAUAACGCCAAACAGUUUACGCCCAGUCAGUCCCGUGCCAGCAAACUGCACAAAGGGUCUGCAGAUCUUAUGAGCCCAAGCACUGCAGAGCUGUACAGAGUCCUGAGGCUGGCGCCUCCCAGCAGGACCAUGAUGUCUCAUAGAUGUGACAGCAGCAGCCAGCUAGACACUGAGUCAGAAGAUACUAGCCAGAGAUGGAGUGACAGCCUGUCACCGAGAAGCGAUUCUCCAGAGUUACAACCCCUUCCUCAAUAUGUGAUUCCAUUCAAACUGAGCAUGACACCGUAUCUUCGCCCCAGGGCUACUCCAGUAAGCUUGCCUCGCAAUCACGUAGAACCUCGCACGCCCACUACUGCGGAGCUGUUCAGAGCGUUGCACCUUACUCCUGCUGAAAGCAUACCAUCCGGAAAGAGAAGACGUGGCGAUGAGUUAAGAAGGUCCAUCCUCCAUCAUUGCCACCGUAGAGCCAGCAUCUCCAAGGCUGCGGACUCUCCUUGUUGCAGGGAGAAUGCCGGGAGAAGCGAGGAAGCACCACCAUGUCCUUAUGGUUUGGCCAGGGCAGAUUUCGAGAUGGAUUCUCUGUCUUCUGAAGAUAGCCAGCAGGCACAUGAAGAAGCGGACAUUCCCAACAGUGAAAUACUGUCCUCAACUAAAGAGAACUCUGAAUGUUUUGACAAUGACUCUUUGUAUAGAGUGACUCCUCUCCAUGAUGCCACCCAUGUUCACUAUGAGGAGAAGGUGCCUCAUCUGAAGGUCGACAGCCACUAUUGCAAUCAAGACAAUGAUGAAAGAUUGUGGCAUUGUCAAGAGGUGGAUGAAGACAAGUAUUCCAACAGGGUCUAUUCUAAAGGCAUCCUUAAAAGCAAGCCAAAAGAGACCCUCCGUGCUAAAGACCACUGUAGGAGUAGAUCUCGAGAGACCCUUCAUCCUCAGGAUGCGUGUAUAAGAGCAAGCAGAAGCAGAUCACAAGAGAGACUACCGUCUAAAGACCAGCGUAAAGCUAGAUCCAAGGAAGAGCUUUACCACAGAAGUCACCCCUGCCACCAACCCAAAGCUCAUUUUGAAGAUGACUGUACCGCUGAAAGAAAUGAGGGACCUUCCCACUGUACUUCCAACAGGAGAAGGUCUCUGGACUCUCUUCACCACAAACAUGGCCCCAAGAUCCAGCCAAGAGAGUGCCAUUCUCUCCAUAAAAGGUCAUCCCGUCACCGCAGAGACUCCUUGUAUACCUCAGGCCCAGGACGUUCACCCCUCCAUUUCCGGCGCUCUUGUCCAUCUGUCAGAAAUGCUACACCUUGGGCUUCCAGACAUGUGGAAUCAAACUUUUGUGCGGACCUGUUGACCCAGUUUCUGGAUAGCUCCUUUUAAAGAACUGGAAGAGAUUAUUGGAACUUGUGUUGGAAAAUUACUUAAUCACUUUAUUGCAGGAUGAAUGCCUUUAAUUGAAUGAACCCCUUUAUUUACAAAGACUUGUCACCUUUUUUCUUAAUUUUUGGUGUCUAGGAAAGCACUUUUUGCGUUGGGAUUCCCUACCUAAAGGUGCCCAACAUUAAACUUGUUAGAAGACCUACAUCCAUAAUGGUCUGACAACUGGAACCCCACGAAUUACAUGAUGGAACAGUUGUCGGCAGUUUUCCACGAGAGAUCCUACCUAUGCCUCCCCUUGUGCUCCCAUUGAUGUCAUAUGAGAGGGCAUUGCCCAUGGGUGUCCUUUGUACGAUUGGUAGAGGAACCCACAGGUACUCUACCUAGUGGUCUGAUCAUAGUGGGGGGUGAGGGAUUGUAUGGAACACGUUUUAUAGAGCACUUGCCACAUUUUGCACCUUUGAGCACAUAGUAAUUGGUUUGCUUUUGUGUGUCAAUAAA